GUGCCCGCUUUUAUCUCGAGAAGAGAAGCGUCGCUUAGUGCGCUGACAGCGCGGUUCAGCCCGUGGGGUUGGAGCCGAAUAGCAUUCACUGAAUCUGCGGCUUUCAUGAAGUCUCCCUAUGAGGUCCUUCACUUUGCUCCUCAACGUGGAUUUCCCCCACCCCCUGCCAUUCUAGGCUCCCUCCCUCCGUCGCUGCCGGACUCCCUCCUCCGUCGCUGCCCACACGCGCACUCCUCUGCCCCGCGGUGGCCCCAGCGCCCAGCCCUCCAGCCAGAGGGAGCCAGUCACCAGACGGCAGCACCUGGCUGGAGAGGUUGGGCGGGCCGAGGGUAGGGAUCCGCGGGAACCGGAGAGCCUGGAGCUGGAGCAGAAGCUGGACCAACCGCGAGCAGAAGAAUGGAGUCUCCCAACAGCCUGCCGAGGCUGAUGUGAAAUUGGACCAUCUGCUUCCAGUUCGUCUGUUACCUCUUCUUUUUGUAUUUUCUUCCCUCACCAUUCACAGAGGAGUGAAUUAUUAAAUCUUGCUCCGUUCCAAGAGAGGCGACCACGAUGGAGUGAACCCACCCUGUCGGCCACAAGGAAAAGCACAAAGAAGAAAUGACAAUGGCCAAGUUAACUGAAUCCAUGACGAAUGUCCUGGAAGGCGAUUCCAUGGACCAGGAUGUGGAGAGCCCGGUGGCCAUUCAUCAGCCAAAGUUGCCUAAGCAGGCCAGAGACGACCUGCCAAGACACAUCAGCCGAGACAGGACCAAAAGAAAAAUCCAGAGGUACGUGAGGAAGGAUGGGAAGUGUAACGUCCACCAUGGCAACGUGAGGGAGACCUACCGAUACCUGACGGACAUCUUCACCACCCUCGUGGACCUCAAGUGGAGAUUCAACCUGUUGAUUUUCGUCAUGGUCUACACAGUGACAUGGCUCUUCUUUGGAAUGAUCUGGUGGCUAAUUGCGUACAUCCGAGGAGAUAUGGACCACAUAGAGGACCCUUCGUGGACUCCCUGCGUCACCAACCUCAACGGGUUUGUCUCUGCUUUUUUGUUCUCAAUAGAGACAGAAACCACCAUCGGUUAUGGCUACCGGGUCAUCACGGACAAGUGCCCCGAGGGAAUCAUCCUCCUCUUAAUCCAAUCCGUGUUGGGGUCCAUUGUCAAUGCAUUCAUGGUAGGAUGCAUGUUUGUGAAAAUAUCCCAACCCAAGAAGAGGGCAGAGACCCUGGUCUUUUCCACGCACGCAGUGAUCUCCAUGCGGGAUGGGAAGCUCUGCCUGAUGUUUCGGGUAGGGGACCUGAGGAAUUCGCACAUUGUGGAGGCUUCCAUCCGAGCCAAGCUGAUCAAGUCCAAACAGACUUCAGAGGGGGAGUUCAUCCCCCUCAACCAGACGGACAUCAACGUGGGCUACUACACCGGGGAUGACCGUCUCUUUCUAGUGUCGCCUUUGAUUAUUAGCCACGAGAUUAACCAGCAGAGUCCCUUCUGGGAGAUCUCCAAAGCACAGCUCCCUAAAGAGGAACUGGAGAUUGUGGUCAUCCUGGAGGGAAUGGUGGAAGCCACAGGAAUGACAUGCCAAGCUCGAAGCUCCUACGUCACCAGUGAGAUCUUGUGGGGUUACCGCUUCACCCCCGUCCUGACGCUGGAAGACGGGUUCUACGAAGUCGACUACAACAGCUUCCACGAGACCUACGAGACCAGCACCCCGUCCCUUAGCGCCAAAGAGCUGGCCGAGCUGGCCAGCAGGGCGGAGCUGCCCCUGAGUUGGUCCGUGUCCAGCAAACUGAACCAACAUGCAGAACUGGAGACAGAAGAGGAAGAGAAGAACCCGGAAGAACAAACAGAGAGGAAUGGUGACGUGGCAAACCUAGAGAAUGAGUCCAAAGUGUAGGCCCUGCUGGGUCAGCCUUUCCCUCCCCUCAGACACAGCCCUUCCUUGUCUCUCAUGCCCCUCUUUUCUGUUUCUCUCACUUUGAUCUUGAUUUAUUUAUAUUUAAUUUUGGCAUUUCCAAAAAACAAAUCUUCAAGGUGUAAAAUGCCUACCUGCCCUCAGAUGUUCAGAUGGACGAGCAGACAGGGAUUUGGUCGAGGGUCAGGGUACCUGUAUUUGUGGCCCAAGCCUGGUCUCCACCCUCAGGAGAGACUUAUCCACUGACCCACUUGACUGUCCAACAUACAUCACUCAAAAGAGCUGUCAAGGGUUUUACCCAGUGUCACAGAGGUCACCUGCUUACCGUGGCUGUAGGUCACACCGGAUAGUCCCUUUGGUUUUACAGAAUCCAGUUCAUCUCACCUAGCACAGGGCAGGUGCUUGCCCACUCAGACACUGUGGGUGCAGGACCCAGAUAGCCAAGGAUAGACCACUGUACAUAGAUCUGCCCUAUGGAAUUAUUUUCUUUUGGCAAUUAGUAACAGCACUCAGCAUGCACAAGAGUACCGUGGAGCAGAACUCCUAAUAAUGUACAUAGAUGUAUCAUUCAUGUAGCUUGAGAAAUAUAACUUUAGAAAUAUGAAGAAAAAAGAUUCCUAAUGUACAGUAGGUGUUUCUAUUUUGUUAUCUGUGUCUUUUGGUUAUUUUGAUCCCCUUGACUGCUGGCCCUCUAAAUGCAUGGCCUUUGUUCCAGGUCCCAGGUUGACAGCUGCUAGGGUACUGUUCUGUUCCCUUGUGAUCCUUCUGUUGAAUCUAAUAAGCCAUAGGUCUGAGAACAGCCCAGAGGUAGCAGGAUUGCAAGUCCCACCACCCAAGACGCUGAGCUACCGUGACACACUUACAAAAUGGAUGUCAUUUGUUUAUAGAUAGCAAGGGUCUCUCUGACCAGCCUGGGGAACAGGGACUAGCGCAGCCCCCCACGUUACACUCGCCAUAAACUCUAACCCUUUGGUGCACAGCAGUUUAAGAAAACUUUCUGUAAAACCAUUGAUUGCUCUUCUAAGUAGUCACGAGGAACUGCUGGCAUUUCAUGUGGGCUGUGGCAAGUCAGCAGAAGGCGACUUGGGUUGAAGCCACGGCUUUCAGGAAGUCAUGCAAUGGGUGACAAUAUUGCGUUACCAACUCCCUGCCCUCUGAUGUCAUCAGGCAAGCCUUUCCCUGGGGCCUGUCCUUACCAUUUCUUAGGCUGGGUUUUUUUUUUAAUCUUCUCUUAUCAUUAUUGUUGCUAUUACUAUGAAAUGGCCAGAGUCUGGGAUUCAAAGGUCCUUCCAGAGUACGAGAGUAUUCCACUACUUGCAAUCUAAUCCACGGGCCUCUCAAUCAAAAGAACACAAACAACAAUCAUCAAGCCGUUCUCCCUAGCUUAUUUUAAUCUUCAAAGAAGGAGGGAAUGAACGAACAAAGGAAGGCAGGCAACAUGCAUAACAAUCUAAAUUCAAAAUGACAUGAAAAGUGGACAGGAAAGAGACUGGGAUGAGACGUCAGGGGCAGGUGGAGAUUUUGCACUGUAGCCGAUCUUUCUCAUUGAUUUUACACCUAUAAACUGUUCAUUCUCUAACACCAUUGCACAUCAUAGAUACGCAUCGAAGGAUCUAAAUUUAUUUCAGCUCCUACAGAUGUGCUCAGUUUGAGACUUUGCCCCACAGAGGUCAAAGAGGUCAAACUAGCUGCUCCCUGGUUCCCCUUUGCCCACCCCUCACCAGACUGCACAGGGCUUUGCUGUAAUCUGGGUUCCUGGUCUAUAAGAGACAGGAAUUAUGGGAAGUGGUUUCUCCAUCCAACAUCUGGGCUGCUCCUCUCUGUCUGCAGAGAUCUUGCUACCCAAACAACUAUUCCUUGGCUCUGACUCUGGAAAUCAAAGCUAUUGGCUGCAGCCCUUCCCCGCCUGCCAGCAUUUCCCUUUGGCAUUGGUUAUUAUCAAUCAAGUCAUGCAUUCUCUCUGCACACUCUAAGCUGGAGAUGGUGGAGGAGGAGGAGGGAGCCUGAUUCCCAAGAGGCCUGACCUUAUCUUAGCCUUAUGAAAGAUGCCCUGCUUUGGGGCACCUGCCUGCAGCAGCCCAGGGCAGGGCCUGUGUAGCACAAAGAAAGGUGGGGAAAGCCUCCAGAUGUCUGCUGACUAGCUCUUGAAGACUCAUUGGGCCUUUUUAAAUCUAUGACUGAAGUUUGAAGGACAAUCUCCCCUAUUGACGGCCUGAAAGAGCAGCUUUGAAGUUGCCCUUCUCCCCCACUCUUCAGGACACCCGGACAAUAGCCCCGUGCACAGCCAUGCUGUGGCCUCAGCAGGACACUCUGAUGGGGGGUCUCUCUCUGCCUCUCAGGGUCUUGAGGUCACUGCGGUUGGUGAUGCAAGAGGAGAAAAAUCCUGUGUGGGACAUGAGCUCAGAAUCCUUAAAGACGGGAGCUCCUGAAGGACCUUUUGUUAGAAUGUCCUUAUCAAACGUCUAUUUUUCUACAGUCGCCAAGAAAACGGUUUGACAGUGUAUUUUGUGUCUACUGUUAAAAUUUGAAAGGUCAUUAUGACUGAAUUUUCUAAGCAGCAAGUAGUCUAUGGGGUUUUUCAUUAAGUUAAUUCAACAAAAGGGACCCCCAAUGCCUCCCCUUUCUAGUCCAUGAUCCCCAGUCCCUCUCUCCGCCAGUAGACCAAGUGCUAGGAACACACACAAUGAACCAAGCUAUCCACAACCAAUAGAGCGCUCUCCCUCUCUCUUUCUCUCUCCCUCCCUCCUCCCCUCCCUUACUCCACCCUUCUCCCCCCUCGAUAUUUUGGACUACUUGGUUGGUGUGUCCGAGUCAUUUUUCCCAAUAAAGCACAGUGAGAUCCAUGGUCCAGAUAAGACCCUGGAACUCAAGGGGGACAGUUGUCACAGUAGACCCCAAUCCCACAGAGCAAAAGAGCUCCCUGAGGUUUGUCUGGAAGGGAGGGGUUGAGGAGAUCCUUGCAGUCCUUGCUCUACUGACCCCCCUACCAUUAACUUUCUAGAGAGAGUCCCUAUUCAUUAACAGAUUGACUUCCUGUAAUCAAUACAGCUGUUAGCUUCUGGCAGCCCCCUGGGCACAUGGCUAACACAUGCUAACACAUUAGAAUCAGUUCAUCCUUUUCAGGUCCUUCUGAACAUCGUGUUGGGGUGUGACUGUGACUCCAUAGCCAUGAGGUGGAACCCCUCUUCCUUUACUCCCUUCCUCUUUGUCCCCCCCUUUUGUUCUCUUUCUAUUCCAAAUCUAUUGAUUUCAUUUAGUACUUAACUUUCCUAGCAGAAAUCUAGCUACUGUAUCGAAACGUCGACCUGUUUCUUAAGCACAACUUUUCUCUUACAGGUUUAAUCAAAAUAGGACUCUGACAUACCUGGGUUUAUUUUUUUUUUCAUUAUACUCUAAUUGAAAUUUAAUUGCGGCUUCGUUUUAAAGCCCGAAUGGUCACAGUUUGCUUUUCUGCGUGAAUGUAAGAUGGUACCUUUGGAGUGUCUGGAGACUGGCUGACCAAGGUGCGCAGCAGGGAGAGCAAAGAUGCUUUGGAAGGCUCCACAAGUACAUGGAAAACACACAGACCCUUUAGCUGUGAGACACACGAAAACAGACAGACUACUCACUACCCAGACAACUGGCCCAGAGUCGACUUUCCCUUUCUUCCCUGACUUUAAAUGCUCUAAACAACCCAGAAGCCAAGAAGGUGGCUCCAAGUGAAAUGACCCCCAUUCAUGACCAGCUAAGAUGUCUCGUUCCUAUGACUUCAGUUCAGUAAAUAGCUGUAGAGUUAGAAAACAUGAGCCACAUUGACGGGUUGAUUGAUAUUACAGAACAGCUGUAACUUCAUCUUGAGUUAGACUUUAUGUCCAACCUGUAUCUAAGAAAAUGUCACCUUGCAAUCCAGAGUGAAACCUUCCUCUUCCUGAUAUGUCUGCCUUCAGUGUCUCAGAGGGGAUCUGUGAUUCAAAAUGUCAUGUAGAAGUCAAGACUGUCCGAAGGUUGCUAGGGGACUUGGACACUGUGCACAACAAUCUCGACACUGCGUACCCGAGAAUAACACACUAUCUCACCUGACAGUGGGCAGUAAAUGCACACAGAAGCUGAGCACUGUGACUGGCUUCUUGAUCAUCGGGGAAUGUAGAAUUUGGGGAAACUGAGUCAUGCCAUCAAAACUUCAGCCCAGUAAAUGAUACAUCAUGAUCUCAAAUCCAGGUCACAAGGCUGUAAGCGUCGGAUGUUUCUAUUAAGAAAAAGUUUGGAAAACCAACAUGCUGGGAGUCUAAUCUGUCACACUCUUUCAAGCUGACACUAAGUUUUAUACUUCCAAAUGGUUGGAAGGAAAAACAACCAAGAAUAUUUGAGGGACAUAUAAAACCCAAAUCUCAGGGGCCAGGGAUGUAACUUGGUUGGCAGAGGGCUUUUCCUGAGCUUGCACAAAGUCCCAGGUUUGGGCCCUAGUACUGCAUAACAAAACAUGUUACCACACACCCAUUAUAGCAUUUUGGAAGUGGAGGCAGGAAGGUCAGGAGUUCAAGAUCAUCCUCAGCUACAUACAGAAUUUGGGACCAGCCUGAGCUACGUGAGACACUGUCUCAAAAGAAAAUAUUUCAAAUCUUGGUCCAUAAAGAGUUUCAUUGGAACAUAGCACACCAUCUGUGUGUGCACUGCCUCUAGCUGCUCUGAGUCUGUAUGAGAAGAACUGGGUAAAUGAGAGACUGUGCAGCUGGCAAACAUCUGUACUAUUACCAACACUACCAUUAAGUGUGUAGCCACAGUUUUAAGAAUUACACUAUUCUCGUGGGUUUUUCUCAGAGAAUGGUCUCCUUUCCCAGCCCAAAUCUCCUGGAGUCACUUCCAGGAAAACAUGUUUUUGAGAGUAGGUCAUACAGUCAGGGCUCUCAGAGAGAAGGCUUCCUUUCCCUACACACCCUUCUGGGAUUUGAUGUCCACCCUGGAAGCAGCUAGAGCAGAACCACUCGUUAAUGAGCAAUAAAGAAACGAAAGCUCCUGGCCCAGCAACUGAAUAUGACUUCUCUGGUGCCCAAGGGCCUUAAAUUCCGCAGACCAUUCUGUCCACUGGUGUCUGCUCAGGGGUAGUUGCCAGCACGGAGAAGGAACCGGCUGUUGAGGGGUCUCACGUGCUCUUACUGGUUCCUCUAGAUGGAACUCUAGGUGGAUCGGUGAGGUAAAGAGGGUCCUGGAGCCACUGUCGAUAUUUCUGUACACUGGCCCUGGCUCUCUGGCCUCUUAGCUAGAAGCUCAGCAUGCAGAUGGAUGACCAGUUGUCCUCCUCUUGGAACUCACGAGGUCUCUGCAACGUGAAGGGGAGUGGAAGGGUGGGACAAGGUAAUGGCAAAGUAGAGCAAAUCCCACUGAUGGGGAUUUUAGAUAUGGCUAUAUUAAAAUGGCAUUGUCUGGAGUCACAAAUUUGACCCACCUUAGUUCUAAGGAAACAUUUCUCAUACCAGUCAGCCAAAUUCGGUUCUUUCUCUUAACAGUUCUAUUUUCUGAGAAAAAGACAGAGAGAGAGCAUAAUAUCAAGUUCUCUUAUGAAUGAUUUCCAGGAAAUUAGAUGGGAAAGAAACUAUUCUGUGACAAACCAUUGCAUGUUGUGUUGUGGACGGACAAGCGACAGAUGUGUUCCCACAUCCCAAACUUAGGAGGUAAUGCCAUCUGCCACAGGGACCAUGCCGACCUCUACGAUUCUUCAGCCACUCAGAAGACACAACCAGGUCACACAGUCUCAAAGUCCAACACCAUGAAACUUAAAUAAAUGUAAAAAGAGCCAAACUCCUACUUGGCCUCAUUGCCUUAGCAAAAGGAAGCUUCACACAGCCACCUAAUCCAUGUGGAGCCGUCCCAGGGAAAGGGAAGCUAUGCUAUAUGAGAUUAGCUCCCGGAUUUGCUCCUUUGCUGGGAAAGGGAGGGGUGGCCGUGAAUGAAAUGUACCGUCAUGUUCUUCUGGCCCCUCUUCCCCUAGACUGGGAUCCUGGUGUGCAUGUGGUUGGCAGAUAGCAAUGGCCACAGAGUCAACAGGUAUCAGCUUCAGAGGUAGACAAGUUCCUACUAUCCAUGUGCAAGUGACCACCUCGAGAUCAAGGGUCAGCACUCAUCAUGAAAACUGUGAUAUCAACGCCGCCGAUCUUUGUGAGACCACAAAGGGCUGCUUUUCUCAGGCGAUGUAAAUAUCCGCUACCAGCAAGCACUAGUGAAAUAAAUAUCCCAAUCACCAGAGCGUCUCAAAGUGAAGCAACACUCAGAGUAUUUUCACCCAGAGGAGUUAGGGGCCCCCAGGAUGUCCCAGGAGUCCAAGAGAAGACCCAGUAGAGGCUGAAAGCCCUUUCGGAGCAAGCCAGUGCUAGAUUUAAGGUCCUAAAAUACAAAUAACAGAUCAACUGGAACCAGAAUCUCAGAUUCCAGCUGUGCACCGUCUCAACCUCUGGAUGUCUAGUCAGGGUUUUCAGAGAAGGGAGGAUACUGUCCUCAGACCCACCCUCUCUCAGUGCCUCUGCCUGUGGGUGACAGUGAGCAAGACCCUCCCUUGCUCAGCUUGGGCAGGCACAUGGCUCGCCAUGCCCGCCUGCUGAGGCCCUCAGAGUGAGUGUCCCCGCCAAGGAGCUGCUCCUUGCGCAUCUGGACGAUGGCCCCCUAGAAGUGUCUUCUAAGGACCUGAGAUUUUUUAAGAAUGCCUGGGAGGCGUUCUUGACUCCACAGAUCACCCCCUGAGUCAGGAAUGAACUUAGACCUUUGGAGUCUGCAAGGUACCAGGGAACCCUGUCCAAAUGUAAACCCAGUAACAUACUAAAGCAAAACUGAAGUCAGCACACCGAAAGAAAUCCCCGGAAGUUCUGAUUUCACCAGAAUAAUCAUCUCCCUGAUAUCCUGAGUUUCUGUUUUUAUUACACAUCAAAUGUUUCACACUUGAGAAAAUUUCACUUUGAGGGUUCACAGAGCUGUGAGGACAGGAAGUCAGUCACUCGGGAUAUUGCAGUUCCCUUCUGGAGAGCGGAACCUGUCCCCUUUCUAAGCAAGUCUCAGAGCUGUUCCGUUGGAACCCACCCAGGUCACAGCAUCCACACAUUUUCCCUGACAGAGCAGCCAAAGGAGGACGGUUGUUUAACUCCACCCUUGAGCAGAGUCUACAAUGUGCAGCUCGUUAUCUGACAGGCCCACCUCUUACUGCUAACUCUUCACUCCUGCUGACUUUAUUGGCGUCUGACCCCCGAGAUAAAGUAUUUAGAACAUUUUGCUCCUGCCAUUACGCACCUUGAGCUUACUACUGGUAUCUGGACCUCUUUGACCCCCUCCCAGCAAAUGACCAGAGCAGGGUCAAGUGAGGCCUCACGCUGGGGGACAAAUGGGCUUGCCUGGAUGGGUCUUUCUGUCUUCCCACCAUUUGCAGCCUGUGAUCACCUAGACAGUUUCCAGACUUCUCAGGAAGUCCCAAGGACCUUUGUUCAUCCCAGCACACCUCCUCUAAAACCAGAGGCACGCAUGACAGCAGUGCACACACACACAUACACACACACACACACACACACAGACACAGGUUCCGACGUGACCCAAGCAUGUGCCUCUGUUGGCAAAGUGGUCUUUUCUCUGCUCACAGCCUGUACAAACAGCCAGCACUCUGGUAUGACUGCUACCCAGACUGCUUCCCAGUUCAGCUGCUGCCAUGGCAACCUUCCAUCUGCGAGUGUGGACCACUCUUGUGCAGACUAGAGGAGGCUUAGGGGAGGUCCCAGGAGCAGAACUCUGCAGACAGCCUUUGGGGUAGCCCAAAGAAAUGAGAGCAGGGCCCAAUACAUGUGUGCUCAUUUAGCAACCAAGUGUGGGGUGGUCUUGUUGCACCUUACAGCAGUGUGCACAUAGUAACCACAUUGUGUCUCACCACACACACACACCUUAUCUUUUUAAAACCCCAGAAAGUAUAUUCACAGUAUCCAAUGUAACAGAUGUCCAAAGAACUGCCAUUCUCUUAAGUAAACACAGUCUGCCAUAUUAAGACUGGCUCUAAACAAAUAAUGUUUCAAUAAUAAGCCUAAGUACAAACAAUAAAAGAUUAUUCAUAUUUGCUAGGUAUAGUGGUAUGUGCCCGUAAUCUCAGCACUUAGGAGAUGAAUGGAGGAAGAUCAGGAGUUCAAGGUCAGUCUGAGCUACAUGAAACCUUACCUCAAAAAGAGAGAGAGAGAGGAAAAAAAUAAACGACAUACAGUUUAUUGUUGAAAAUCUUACUUCAAGUUAAAGAUACUCGUUUUUAUCCAGAGUUCAGCGCCCUCAGAAUUCUGUUUCUUCUUGAGCUUUGUGUUUCCUUCUGACUUGAUCUUGGGACUGGGCUCCUGUGUUCUGCCACACGAAAGGAGGCUUGAGCACUGAUGCGUUCAGCGUGCGAGCCAGUCUGGCCCCUAGAGCAGGCUGAAAGGAAGUCAGCUGGGCAGGGACGAUUCCACAGCAAUCGCAGAGGACAAGGAAGGGAGAGAACUGGGAUGUGGUAGCGCUGUAGAUGAGGGAGGUGUGACGUGGGCAUCUGCUUUCACGGAGAUCUCUGAUGCAUGCCUGUGCAGCUGAUCUCAGCACCCAGGGCUGAUGCAUGCCCACGCAGCUGCUCUCAGCACCCAGGGCUGAUGCAUGCCCACGCAGCUGAUCUCAGCACCCAGGGCUGAUGCAUGCCCACGCAGCUGAUCUCAGCACCCAGGGCUGAUGCAUGCCCAUGCAUCUGAUCUCAGCACCCAGGGUUGAUGCAUGCCCACGUAGCUGUUCUCAGCACCCAGGUCUGAUGCAUGCCCACACAGCUGAUCUCAGGACCCAAGGCUGUUGCAUGCCUGUGCAGCUGAUCUCAGCACCCAAGGCUGUUGCAUGCCUGUGCAGCUGCUCAGCACCCAGGGCUGAUGCAUGCCUGUGCAGCUGAUCUCAGCACCCAGGGCUGAUGUAUGUCCACACAGAUGGGGCUCACCUAGUGGGCUUGCUAUAUCUUCAGUGGGCUUGCUAUAUCUUCAGGGACAAGAGAGGAUAAGUGAGAAUUUUCCGCAACCCAGACAAUCAUACCUUAGGACUUGCUCCCAGCUGGUUUUCGAGUUCUGUCACAAUAGGCACCAGCACUCCCACUUGUUAGCACACGAUCCCUCCUAUUUACAUCUUUCCCUCUGUGUGCCGUGUUCUCAAGGAAUGAAGAAUUCUCUGAAGGCUGCACAGUGUGGUGAAAUGUCCCUAGACCUUUACAACGAACAUACCAACUGGGAAUAUCAAACAGUGACUCAUAAGCACAUGUACGUGAAUGCAUGCACACGCACAGACCACAUUCUUAGACCUCCCAAUCAGCUAUGACCAAGUCCACAUAAGCUCCCAAAAGGUGGGACUGGAGAUAUGACUCAGCAGCCGAGAGCAGUUGCUGCUCUUAUGAAGGAGUUUGGUUGCAGGGCCCAUGUCAAGCAGCUCACAACUGCCCGUAACUCCAGCUCCGGGAGAAUGUGGCACUUCUGAGCUCUACAGGCAGCUGCAACCAUGUUCACACACACACACACACACACACACAAACACACUUUAAAGUAAUAAAAGUUAAAUCGAAAAGGAAAGGUUUCUGGAGGACUAAACAUGAAUGAGGAUCACCCCCCAGGUGAUCGCAGGGGCAUUAGCUAUUAAAUAAUCUCACACAUUGCUGGCCCACACACAGGAUAUGCAGUAGGGGCUACGAACCUGGGAGCUUGGCCCCGGUCUGCCCGCCCCUCAUAUGAGCUAUGUAGUCUUAGAUGAAUCACUGGACGUCUCCCAAUGCUCCUUUUUAUUUCUAAGUGGUAAGUUAUAAUUGUUAGGGACAUUUUAAGUCCACAGAAAAAUUAAGCAGGAAGUACAGAGUCCCCAUAUGCCACACCCUCUCCCACUCCCCUCACCCUGACAAGACACACCACUGUUCAUAAGUUCACCCCAAUACACUGUUAUCACCCACACGUGGAGGCGAAGGUAGGUCUCACUCUUGUCCAUGGACAUUGACUGUGUUUGAGCAGCUGUGUAAGGACAGGUUCCCACUGUUGUUGUGUUAUAUAGAGCAGGUUGGCCACCCUACAAUUCCUCUGCAGCCCUCACCCCUUCCUAACGCCCCCUGCUCCUUCUCGGUCUGCUUCAUAGACUGUGACUGCAGUCACCCAGGGAAAGCCUUCUGGAGCUGCAUUCUUCCAUUGGUAGUAUACACUCAGGUCCCUCCAGUGGCUUCUGGUGGCUUCCUAGCUCUUCCUUCUCCACUUCCGAACAAUAUUCCAUUUUCUGGACAGACCAGAAUUUAUUUAGCCAUUCACGUACUUAAAGUGUCUUGGUUGUUGGUUGUCCACCUUUUUAGAGAUAAAGCAUCUAAAAGCAGCCAUCUGCGGUUUUUAUAUGGAAAUAAGCUUUCAGCUCAUUUGGGCAAAUAUCAGAAAUUAUGAUUCCUGUGUUGCAUGGUGAGACACUUCCCUUGUCAGCUGUCUUCCCUGGGGGCUGUACUAUCCCUUCAUUCUUCUAGGAAGGAGUGGGGGCUCUGGUUGCUCCUCCCGGUGUCUGGUGGACCUGUGCCCUUCUUACAGGUGUGUAAUAUGCUAUGGCUGUGUACCGUGCAGGUAACAAUGGCAUUAAACACCUUCUCAGAGGCUCCUGCCUGUCUGUAGAUUGCCAUGCUGGGGUCUCUGCUGCGAUCUUUCAUCCAGUCUGUAGGUGGGCAUUUAUUUUUCUAUUCUUGAACUGCAAAGGUUCUUUGUAUAUUUUGGACUCUUGUUCUUCAUUAGCUGAGACUUUGGCAAAUAUCCUCGCUGCUGGCCAUUCUCCGAGAGUGUCUUUUGCUCUGCAGAAGUUUCUUAUUUCCAUGAAGUCCAGCCUGGCAACCAUCUCUCAUGGGAUGUACCUUUGGAGCUGUAUCUAGGACCCUGUCACAUCCCCAGAUCACCCAGACUGUCUACUGUCUCCUGGGAGCUUUGUCGUUUUAUCCCCACAUCUAUGAUGGGUCUGAACUGAUGUGAGGUUUGUGUUCAGAUUCUUUUUUUAUCUUGUUUUUGAUGUGUCUAACAGUUUGCUGAAAUAGCAGCUUUUGCCCCUUUGCUGGAUUUAUGCGGCUGUUUCUGGGCUCUCUAGUCAGACCCGUCAUCUGUGCCCAGCCCACCGAUGCUUUUACCAAUACCACACCGUCUCGACCUAUACAGCCACUUCACUACCAGUCCCAGCGUUUGGGGCACCUGCCGUCUGUCUGCACAGUUUCUUCAACAGUGAAUGAUUCAUUUUGUCUAUUCUGAGUCUUCUGCUUCUCAUGUAAACUUUAGAGAGCUGAUAUCUACAAAUUAACUACUUGACUUUGGAUUGAUAUGGUGUUAACUCUAAAGAUCAAGAUAAGAAUAGAAAACACCUUGACAAGGCUGGUUUUGUUGUUUAUCUGGGUCUUCGGUGUCUUUCACCCCUUUAUAGUCCUCUUCACAUAGAUCUCAUAAAUGAUUUAUGAGACUUAUAUCUAAGCGUGUUUAUGUCAAGAGCUACUAAUUUAAAUGAUUAUAUUUUUAUUUCCGAUUCUAAUCACUCAUUGCUGAUGAAUAAGAAAACAGUUUUUGUAUACUAACUUGUGUCCAAAAUCUUUAUGUAAUUAUUUUUUUUUUAAUCCUGGUUUUGCUGGGGGAAGGGUGCAAGCCUUUAUUCUCAGCACUUGGGAGGCAGAGGCAGGUGAGCUCAAGGCCAGCCUGGUCUACAAAGCAAGUUCCAAGACAGCCAGGGCUUUACAGAGAACCCCUGUCUUGAAACAAACAAAACAAAAACAAAAACAAACCUUGUGGGGUUUUUUUUUUUGUCUCUUCUUAAAGAUUUUCUAGAGGUGAGUGUCUCAUCUGUAAAUGAUAACUGUUUCUUCCCUCCCAAUCUGCAUAUCUUUUAUUAACUUUUCUUGUCUUAUUGCAUCAUCUACAUCUAGAAUCAUGUCAAAAAGCAAUGGCUCCCAUUCUGGGUCUGAACAGAAAACAAGUCUCUGUCAGCUAAGUGAAGUGAACCGACAGGAGUUUUAAAUACCACCCCCCCUAGUUCAAGAAAUGCCAAAAAUAAACAAACAGUAAAAAUAAAAAAGAAACAUCCUUCUAGCCAUACUUUAUAGAGAACCUCUGUGUUUAGAGCAGUUUUAUUAGUAACUGCAGAAGGCUUAGAGACCAAGACGCACCCCUGUGAUAAGUGAAUCAGCAAGCAGACAGCUCAACAGUGAUGCGUUCCAAAACCGAAAAAACAAUCCACAGAAUCAUGGAACAACAUAGAAUAACAUUAAGUGCAAAUUAUUAAGUUAAAAAAUUCUAAAAGGGCCAUGCUACUGUGUGAUUUCAGCUCUCUAAUUCCUACUGAGGACUUUCAUGGUGGAUGGCUGCUUGGGUUUGACCAAAUUCUCCCUCCGCGUCCAACAAUACCAGCACACAUGGUGUGUGACUCUGCCCGCUAGCGUGGAUUACAGGCAUUUGCUUUUGAAUGUUGAACUGCUUUUCUUAUCUGGCAUAAAUCCCACUUGGUUAUAGUAUAUAAUUCUUUUCGUGCGUUGUUAGAUUCAAUUCGUGAGCUGUUUGUGGUUGAGGCUAUUUGGAUCUAUGUUCGUGAGAGCUACUGAUCUGUAGUUUUCAUUUACUGAAGUAUCUUUUCCUCAUUUGUCCAUAGGGUGACGCUGGACUCCUAGUGUGGAUUGAGAAGUGUCUCUUCUAAUUGCAUCCUCUGAAAGCGAUUACAAAGAAUUGCUAUAUUUCCCUCCUUAACUACUUGGAAGACUCCACCCAGAAUGAGCCCAUCUGGACCUAGUGCUUUCUGGCUGGAAAGGUCGUGAAUAAUUUACUUAAAGUCGGGGCUGGAGAGAGGACUCCACGGUUAAGCUUGCUUAGUGCUCUGCAGAGGGCCUGGGUUCAGCUUCCACGGGCUACCGCAUGUGUGUGGUGCACAUAAACCAUGCAGGCAUUCACAUUCAUACACAUAAAUAAAAAUAAACAAAGCUUUAAAGUCUCUAAUGUACAGACCUUUGGGAUCAUCUGUUUCCUCUCAUGUGAGCUUUGCCAGACUGUAUGCUUCCAGGAAUGAGUCUACUUCACUCAAGCAGAGAGCGUGUCUGCAUCUUUCCGUGUCUUCUGUGUCCAUAGGGUCUGUAGCUAUAUAUACCCUUCCAUCCAUUUCUGCAGUGAUUUCUAGCUCUCUCUCUCUCUCUCUCUCUCUCUCUCUCUCUCCUUGUCCAACUAGAAAUUUAAUUAUUUUAUUUUAUUUCAGAGAACUGGUUCUUGGGAUCUUGGUUCCAUGAGUUUUUUUACUUCCUGUUCCAGUUUUGUCAGCCUGUGCCCUUCUAUACUACCCUGCUUCCCUUGGAUUUAAUCCACUCCUACUUAGAUGACUGAUUAUAAAUUUCUUUUCUACUUGAUGCAUUUGAUGCUAUAAAUUUGUGUUCAGGUUCUAUUUUUACUUCAUGUCUAAAACUGUGAUUUCAUCUUCACUCAGUUCAAAGUAUUUUUUUAAUUUCUCUUGAGAUUUUUUUUCCUACACCCCAUGUUACUGCGAACUGUGCUGUUUAACCUUAAAGUGUUUAAAGAUUUCCCGGGCCUCUUUCUAUUAUUGACUUCUCGCUUAAGUCCACUGUGCUCUGAAAAGGAACACUACAGAAUUUUUGUAGUCUUAAUGUGUUAAGGUAUUAUAACGGCUCAGAACAGAGUAUCCUGAUGAAUGCUCUCUCUGUCCCCGAGAAGAGUCUGUCACCUGAUGUUCGAUUCCUCAUUUUUCCAGCCUGUGUUUGACCCACCAUCUCUGUCUCUAUGAUUCUAGUUACAUCCCCACCAGUCUAAGUCUGCAUCACUCUUAAACCCAUGGUCCCUAACUGAGUCAACUUUUAACUUUGAAAAUUCUUCCUUUGUAAAUUCAGCCACCAAAACUACUCCUGUCUCCAGCCAUCCUCCUCCUCCAGCCACACCCCCAUCUCUCCUCCUCCAGCCACACCCCUCUCCCAUCUCCUACCACACUAACCCAGGUGGCAGAUAAGCAAUUAUGAGGUAGGUGUUUUCUUAGGGCACUGUGACUUCCACCAAAGUAGGAAAAUGCUUCACGGAAAGCCAGCAUCAGUGACAUAAAAUAAACACACGCCUGCACAUUAGACAAGAAAGUCAUCCAGGGGACAAAAGAGACAGCUCAGUUUUUAAGGGCACAUGCUGCUCUUGCAGAGGACCAGAGUUUGGUGGCAGGCACCUGUGUCAGGAGACUCACAACAACCUGUAACUCCAGCUGUAGGGUUUUCGAUGCACCUGAGCAACACACAUGACCAUUCUAACACAACAGAUACCUAUUAAUAAAGGUCAUUUUCUUUUUUUUUGAGGCAGGGUUUCUCUGUAGCUUUGGUGCCUGUCCCGGAACUAGCUCUGUAGACCAGGCUGGCCUUGAACUCACAGAGAUCCACCUGCCUCUGCCUCCCGAGUGCUGGGAUUAAAGGCGUGCGCCACCACCGCCCGGGGAUCAUUUUCUUUUAAGUAACCCAAUACCAUCAUGUUACUGGCAAGUUGAUUUCAUCGCAACUCCAGCUCUGCCCCCUGGAAACAUGCAUGGAGGAACUUCACCAGAGCUGUUGAGUCUAAACCAAACGCUCAGCAGAAGCUGAAGCCUUCUGUAACAUGGUUGGCAGCACUGUUUAUCUUCUGUCAUGUUCUAGUUGUUUACCCAAAGCAGAAAGAAGGAAGAAAUCCUUUUCAUUAUUGGUUUAAAAUGACUUGUAUCUGCCUUUCCCAGCAAAGGGCCAGAGGUUUGUGUGCUGAGUAAAAUAUGAGCUGUCUCUGGGAGCUAGGAUAGGAAAAGUAUUCUGAAAAGCUCACUAGUUCAAAAGCCCGUUGUCAGUGCCAGCAUCCUUUUAUCAUGGUUCAAUGAAACUGAGGCUAAGACUGAGUCCCAGGUCCAGCGCUGUCUUGUGCUUCCCGGGAGAUAAAGCUCUCACCAAACCAUCACACAGACCUAUCGAGACAGACCCAAGGAGCCCUGGAACUGGCUCUUUAGAUCAGGUGUCAUGAGGUCCCCACUGGAAUCCAUUUCUAAAGAACACAAAGGCCUAGAGCCGUGACCCAGGGGCUAAGAACAACCACUGCUUUUCAGAGGACUCACAUUUGGUGCACACCACCCGUGCAGAGCAGCUCGCAGCCCCGGAGGACUGGCUCCCUCCUCUGGCAGUCUCAGGCACCCACACACAAGUAACACACUCACACAGACAUGCACCCAUACAGACAAAUUUAAAUUAAAUUUUAAAAUGUUUUAAGCAAGCAUAACACACACACACCCAAAAAAAGUAGGAACACAAAUAGACUUCAACUCUGCCCCCAGCAGUUUCCCUAAGAACUCAAGUCUCUAAUAAAAUGCUUAUGUCCUACAGAGAAGGCUCUCCUUUUCAGGUGUACGGCAGUCUUCAAGGCUGAGAGCGUGCCGAACAAUCCAGCAGCUCACUAAAGUUAGUCAAGGGCAAGGUUCUACACGAGGCAUUCUGGUCAUGGACACUCAGCGAGCAUCGCUGUUCUGUGAGUAAUGUCUUAAGCAAGGUACCCUGAAGGAUAAUAAAUAGUAACCUCUCCCAUUGUCUACAGCAAACACCACCCAUGGCCACAGCUCUUACUGUGUGACCACACAAAACCCUGGGAUUAAAUCCUGAUCCCCAUAUCACACAAAAAGCAAGUGAGUCCAGUUUUAGCGAUAAAAUACUUAGUUGGAGGGGCAGCUUUAACACAUAAAGUGGAAUUUAAAGACAGCCAGCUAGUCUCUAUAUAAACACUCAGCAACAGGGUGGCGUGGCAGGAAGGGACAUACCUUGCUAUUCCUUGAGGCCUUGGCGGGCUUUCCAGGGGAAAGGCGUUUCAUAAUGAGGGGCCAGAUUGAGACAUAAAGACGUGCUGCGGGGGAGGGGUGGCCUAUACAGGGUAGAUGACCCCCCAGGGGAUUUGAUAAAAAUACAUUGUGAAAACUGGUGCUAAAUUGUAGAUGAUCCUGAAGGAGGGACACAGACGGGCUUAUUAAUAAAGCCAUCAUAGUGUCGUAGCUCCUGAGGCUUCCCGGCUGAACAGGAGGACAGUUGUUUCCUCGGAACCGCAGCAGGAUGGCCUUGGCACAACUGUCCAAGCGCUCCCAAAUAAUUCAGGGAAUCUGUGGGGUGUGGGGAGCUGGCAAAAUUGGAAUUUCAGAGGCAUGUGAUAGUAAAUUCUAAGGCUGGCAAAAUCCUACGCAGAGAACCCUGGGCACCCCCUGGAGCUUUCUUUACGCAAAAACCAAUGAUCUUUUAGACAUGCACAGAAAAAAACACAGGGAGAAAAAUCUUCCCCAGAAAUCUCCCGCGAAGGCUUCAACUUUUCUUCGCAGUAAAGUAGCUGAUACCUGCUUCUGAGGUCAUUGUUGCCAACCUCCUGCCAAGCUUUUGGAAAGCGAAAGCCAGGCAGACCUCAGGCCCUGGUUUGGCUCCUGACCCACACGUCCAUCCUUUUGUAACUCCCUCUACUCAACUCCAAGUCUGUCUGCGCACGCGCAACGAGGCAGAAGCAUGCUAAAUGCAAAAGCACAAAUUAUGUAUUAAGAAAUCUCUACAAUGCCAAAUUUUUUUUAGAAUAAAUAUAUAUAUAUUUAAGAACUCGCUGUGUUAGGGAAACUGUUUACAUAUUGAGGCGUUCCUCUUUUUUUGACUGGAACA